CGUCUGAAGCAAAUACAGCGAGAGAGAGAGAGAGAAAUGGCUUGUGUUCCUCUAACUUCUCUGAUGAAUACAAUCCACUUUGAGUUCUUACAACCCUGCAGAGCACCUGUGAUUCUUGAUGAAGAUACAGCACAUAUGGUUAGUUCUCUCCACCAUAAUCUUGGUUUCUUGCUCACCUUUCUCAAGGACUUAGUGAAGAAACCAGGGAUAGAUGAAGCUGCAAUCAAAGAUUUGGAAGCCAAAAUCAGAGACUUCGCCUUUUUAGCAGAAGAUGAAGUUGAAUCAAAUCUGGCAAAGAUAUAUAUGGAGGCAGCAGAUAAAGAGAUGAUACUCUUUCAGAACCUACAACAAGUAGGUGAAGAUGCAGAGAUGAUACUCUUUCAGAACCUACGACAAGUAUCUGAAAAAACUCAAAAUUUCGUCAACACAAUUAAAAGCCAAUACUAUGAUUCUGCCGUCCAAAAUUUGCCAAAGGUACAUACCCUUCCGUUAGAUAUUGGUUCAGACGACAAGCGCGGAUCUCCACAGCGGUUCUCAAAGAUUGAGGACAGAAUGGUUGGGCGUACAACUGAAUUAAAUACAAUAAUGAAUCAGCUCAUUGGUCAUCCAUGGAAAGUCAUUUCCAUUCUCGGGAUGGGCGGGAUUGGUAAAACUACUUUAGCCAAAUAAAUUUACGAAGAUCCAUUAGUGGUAUCCCACUUUGACCUUCGUGCUUGGACUAGUGUCUCUCAAGAAGUUAACUUGAGACAAAUUCUCUGCAACCUUCUUUGGUCCAUUGAGAGAGGAAUGAAUACUGACGGAAGCAUAGAUGAUCUAAAAAACAAACUACGACAACGUUUGAUGAGUCGUCAGAGGUAUCUGAUUGUGGUGGAUGAUGUAUGGGAAACCGGUGUUUGGGAUCAUCUCACCGGAUGUUUUCCUAAAAGUCAUGAAAGUGCAGUAUUAGUGACCUCUCGGCUAAAAGAGAUUGCAAACUACACUAAAUCAGGUUCCAGCAAUCUUAUUCACAACUUGCAUUUUCUCGAUUCUAAUGAAAGUUGGGAUCUAUUUUGCAGUCACAUUUUCUUGAAACAGCCCUUGCACUCUAAGUUCAACACAGUUGGAAGGAAUAUUGUUGGCAAGUGUGGGGGGCUUCCCAUGGCAAUUGUUGUAGCUGCUGGACUUGUAUCUCGACUCAGCAAAGUUGAAGAAUUGGA